AUGCCCAACCACCAGUGCGUGCGAUGGACGGCGCUCUCGCUCAUGCUAGUCCAGAACUCGGCCUUUGUGCUGGUGAUGCGGCAUUCGCGCAAGCAGCAGCAAUCCCAGGCGGCGCAGUACAACGUAGCUGUGGUCGUCGUGCUGCAGGAGCUCUUCAAGCUCCUCUUCUGUGUGGGCGUCACCGGAGCGCAGAGCCGCUCGCUCGGCGCGGCGUUGCACUCGCUCCGCUCCUCGCCCGCCGCGCUGGCCCGCAUAGCCUUGCCGGCGGCGUGCUUCACUCUGCAGAACAACGUGCUCUACGUCGCCCUCUCCAACCUCCACCCGCUGGUCUUCCAGAUCAGCUACCAGCUCAAGACGCUGCUCACGGCCGCGCUGUCGGCCCUCCUGCUCCGCAAGUCAUUCUCGCGGCAGCAGUGGCUCUCGCAGGUGUCGGAGGGGCAGCCGCACGACGAGGGCGCGCACGAGGCGCGCAGUGCUCCGCUCGGGCUGGCGGCCGUGCUGGUUGCCGCCUCCUCCUCCGCGUUCGCGUCGGUCUACUUCGAGCGGAUACUCAAGGAACCGGCCGCGGCAGAGACUGACCGGCCACGGGAUGCUGACGGCGGGCGCGCCGAGAACUCGCUGCGGAACAUCGAGCUCUCCACGUGGACAGUGCCGAUGAACGGCCUGCUCGCGCUGCUGCAGUCGUCGCCCUCGACCCCUCUCUCCGACCCGCUACGCGGGUCCACCUGGGCGCUCAUCGCAGUCAACGGGUUCGGGGGCCUCCUGGUCGCCGUCGUCAUCAAGUACGCCGACAACAUCUGGAAGGGAUUCGCCACCGCCGGCGCCAUCCUCCUCACAGGCCUGCUCGCGCCGCUGCUCGAGCUCGGCCCGCCGCCAAACGCGCUCCUCCUCCUCGGCGCGGCCCUCGUCGUGGCGUCAGUGCUGCUUUACGCCGCCACGCCGCCGCCGCCGCACCGCACCGCCGCUCGCGCCGUGCUGCUGCCAGCGAGAGUUGCGACUUGA